UGUAAGGGUGUAGGGUUUAUCUGUGAAGAAGUUACAGAACAUGGGUCGUGGAGUUAGCAGCGGUGGGGGACAGAGUUCUUUGAACUAUCUUUUUGGGAGUGGAGAGGCUCCAAAACCGGCUGCCAACAAUGCUCAAGCUGCGCCAGUUCCAGAUGAGCCUGCUUCCAAGCCUGUUGCUCCUGCUCCUGCUCCUGAACCAGUUGAUAUCACCAAGGCGAUUCCUGCUGCUGGUAUCCAUAGCACCUCUACAAACAACUACAUGCGUGCAGAUGGCCAGAACACCGGAAACUUCAUAACGGAUCGACCCUCGACCAAGGUCCAUGCUGCCCCGGGCGGUGGAUCUUCUUUGGGUUACCUCUUUGGUGGACCGGGUGGUAACUGAGACAGACAUGCCCUUCGUUUCGUUGAUCCGUUAUAUAAACAAUGGAAGUCUCUAUGGAUUCUGUGAUGUAAUAUAGGUCUUGUGGUUGUUGGGAUCAUUCAGCCAAAGAAUGAUCUAUUUUAGAUGGAUAAACCAUCUGAUACAGAUUUCGUUUUCAUGGACAAACCAAACAUUUCCUAGUGCAUAUUUCGUGUUUCUCGUUAUUUUCUCAGUGAUUAAUUUCUCUUCUCCA